CUCGCCCUAGGUCGCCUUCGUGGCAGCAGCAGCGACCAUGUUCCUAAGGCUCUCAGCCCUGACCUCCCUCCUUGCGGCACUCCCUGUGCCCACCGUCCUCGGUGGGCAAUUCCCUGUUGUCAAUGGCGUUCUCGGUGGCGUCGGCUCUGGUUCCCUGCCUGAGAAUAGGAUAAAGCUGCCCGACCUUCAGCCUGCCGCCACCACCCCUGGCAAGCUUCGCGUCACCGAGAACAGUGGCGUUUGCGAGACCACCAAAGGCGUGUACCAAGCCUCAGGUUAUGGCGACCUCACCUCGAAGGAGAGCAUAUUCUUCUGGUUCUUCGAGGCACGCAACAACCCCGACUCUGCUCCCCUCUCUGUCUGGCUCAACGGCGGUCCCGGUAGCUCCAGCAUGAUCGGACUCUUCCAGGAGAACGGUCCGUGCAGGAUCAAGAACGACAGCAGCGGCGUCUCCCUGAACCCUAACUCCUGGAACGAAGUCGCCAACAUGCUCUACAUUGAUCAGCCCGUCGGCGUCGGUUUCUCGCAUGGCACUUUGAACGUCGGCACCUCUCAGCAGGCCGCGUCCGACUUCUGGAAGUUCCUCCAGAUCUUCUUCUCGGACUCUCGCUUCUCCAAGUACCAGAAGAACGAGUUCGCGAUCUUCACCGAGUCGUACGGUGGCCACUACGGCCCGACGUUUGCCGCCUAUCUUCUCGAGCAGAACGCUGGCAUUGCUAACGGCACCGUUUCUGGUACCCCUAUCAACCUCAAGUAUCUUGGUGUUGGCGAUGGCCUCACGGACCCUCUCUCGCAGUAUCCCGGGUACAUUAGUUACGCGGCUUCCAACCCGUACCACACCCUCGUCUCCAAGUCUACCAUCUCUUCCGCGAACAAGUCCUGGACCAAGUCUGGUGGCUGCAAGGACCAGAUCACCGAGUGCUACAGCACCGGCGACGAGUCCACGUGCUCCGACGCGCAGAGCUACUGCAACAACGACAUCCUCUCUCCCCUCGCGGGUGACUGGGACGUCUACUACGUGCCCACCGAGAACCCCGACCCCUACCCGCCCGACCUCACCAGCUACCUCACCAGCAAAGCAGUGACGAGCAAGAUCGGCGCCGAGUCGACGUGGCAGGAGACCAACGACGAUGUCUACAGCAACUUCGCGGAGACGGGCGACUGGAUGCACAACUCGCGUCCGAACCUCGAGACCGUGAUCAACGCCGGCGUGCGCACGCUCGUCUACGACGGCGACGCGGACUACAUCCUGAACUACAAAGGCGUCGAGGCGAUGGUCGACAACCUCCAGACCAAGUUCAGCGCCGAGUACGCCAAGCAGGAGUUCGCGAACUACACCGUCAAGGGUGUCGCCACCGGUCUUUACAAGAACGCGGAAACGUUCUCCUACGUCCGCAUCUUCGGAGCUGGCCAUGAAGUUCCUGCGUACACACACGGCUCGCUCUCGACCGGCGAGGCCGCUCUCCAAUUCUUCACGCAAAUCAUCAGCAACUCGUCCCUCGUCCCGACAUAGUCUCACACCUCAAAACUAGGACUUGUACCGAGCCCCGUCGCAUAUUUGUGAAGGUUUUACUGUAUAUUGUACUUCAAACGGAAAUUCAAACCUUAAACAUUAC